AUGGGGCGCAUCUUCUUAGGUAGCGAUAUGAAGCGUAACACCUGAACCUCUAGCGGUCUCUCACAGACCGUCAUGGCGGCCGGACGUGGGGAGUUUUUCCGGAGUUUAUUAGACGGUUUGGAGAGGACUCGAACCCCACAGGUUUCAGGUGGACAACAGCCGGGUCCGGGUAGAGGACGGCCGGGUCCGGGUAGAGGACGGCCGGGUCCGGGUAGAGGACGGAGGAAGUGGCCGCCGAGGGGACCGGUCAGCGGGAGUGACCGCAGCUGCCGAGAACCGAAAACAAAGGAUCAAGAAAAUAUUCCAAAAAAGAGUACGUCUCCAUCCCAGGAAAACACUGUAGAAAGGCUGCCGUCUGAGAUCCUGAUAAAGGUCCUGUCCUACCUGGACGCCUCCUCGCUGUUUUGCGUCAGCUACGUCAGCAAACUCUUCAACCAGCUCGCCAACGAUGACGUUGUGUGGCAUAAGAUCUACAUGUCGGAGUUUGGGAGUCAAACAUGGAAGCCGAAGGCGGCUGAUGAUGCUGCGGUUGACACGGUGGAGGUGGGACAUCGUUCGGCAGGGCACUGGAAGAGGAUGUACUUCAGGACCAUCGCAGGGCAGGAAGUGAACAAAUGGAGGAGAGAGCUGAGGGACAUCAGCCCGUACACGGGGCUGCCCAGGCAGACCGAGUGGGUCCUCAGGUACCGUAAUCAAUCUCAAAGUUUGAGAUGAUAAACACAUUCUAUUUCCAACAAGUUCCUCAAAAUAAAAGUCCCCAGCCUAUCUGUAGUUGAAGUGCUUUUAUUGUGAAAGACUCAUAUCAGGAAAUUGGGCGUUUACAGCAGCAGCAACUGAACACAACUUAUAAAUAAAAAGGACAGAAACAAAACUUAACCUGAACAAAGCUCA